ACCAUCUGCUCGGGCGAGCCCGUCUGCCCGCAGCAGAGCGGCAAGGACCUCGGCAUCCAGUACGGCCACUGCUACGUGCUGCGGGCGCUGAGCGGGCUGUACCUCGGGCACGACUACGCGACCAAGUACGAGGUCAUGGGCGAGAACCCGGGCGUCGUGUUCCGCGUGUGCGCCGGCCAGGGCGACUGCACGACCAACGCCGGCGCGCCCGUCCCGGCCAACGGCACCUGGUACCUGCAGGACCAGUUCGGCGAUCCCAACGGCGCCGGCUUCGGCUGGCUCGGCGGCAGCGGCGACCUCUCGGUGCAGGCCAACUCGGCCGACGCGCUGCUGAUGGCCGGCUCGUCCGCCUGCUACGCCGGCCAGUGCUCCGUCUGCAUCCGCUUCCCGCCCGGCGGCGCCCACGCCCCCUGCCCGCUCAACCCGGGCCAGUCCCACCUCGGCAUUGCGGCCAACCCGAACAGCUGCCAGCCAUUCUACUGGGAGGAGGUCGCCUGCCGCUCGGAGCAGUAG